AUGUCAUCUUGUGGUGAAAAUGGGAGACAAGACAGUGGAAGAAUUUGGAUCAGGAAAUAUGCUAGUGCAGAGAAAAAAGAUACAGCAAUAAAGUAUGUGAGUUUAAUAGUCCUUGUGAUUCAAAACGCAUCACAAGUACUAGUUAUGCGGUAUGUUAGAACGCGACCGCGUGAAAUGUUCCUGUCGACAGUGGCAAUUUUUUUCGCAGAAGUUGUCAAACUGAUUAUUUGCAUCCUGUUCCUUACCAUCCAGGAAAGGAGUUUGAUAAGAUGUUUAAAAGUAAUGUAUGUAGACAUAAUCAAGCAACCGAUUGAUACUUUGAAAGUGUGCGUGCCAGCCGUGAUAUAUGUUAUUCAAAACAAUCUGCUUUAUGUUGCUGUAUCGAAUUUACCUGCAGCAACUUAUAUGGUAACUUAUCAGCUUAAGAUUCUUACAACAGCACUUUUCACUGUAACCAUUCUUCGAAGACGUCUUUCACUGCUGCAAUGGCUGGCCCUCGUUUUGCUUUUUGGAGGAAUCGCAUUGGUUCAGUUGGAUGAUCAAAGAGCCAGUACGAAGGUAAUUAAGGGAAACAUGACAUCAAUUCGAGACGACAAUUCCAAAAGUGCAAAAUCGGGAACACCUUACAAACAUAUUGUAGAACAAAAUCCUAUCAAUGGUUUCGCUGCUGUUUUAGUCGCAUGUAUUUUAUCAGGAUUUUCCGGUAUAUAUUUGGAGAAAAUAUUGAAGGACUCGGAUGUGUCAGUAUGGAUACGAAAUGUGCAACUUGCGAUUAUCUCACUUCCAGUCGCUUUGGCCAAUGUUUUCAUACAGGAUAGCAGGCGAGUGCUAGAACAGGGUAUGUUAGUUGGUUUUGAUAUUGUGGUUUGGUGUCUGAUUAUGUUAUCGUCGAUCGGUGGUAUUACUGUUGCUGUUGUCAUAAAAUACGCCGAUAAUAUUCUGAAGGCAUUUGCUGCAUCUAUUGCCAUCAUUGUGGCUUGCAUCGCAUCUGCAGUGCUUUUUCAGUUCCGCCCAGCUGCUCUGUUUCUUGUUGGUACCGUUUUUGUCAUUGGAGCUAUUUUCAUGUAUAGUUUGUUUCCUUAUAAGAAGAAAUAUCAACAAACUGCGACUGAGCCUCCACAUGCAGAUCAACAGAAAGAAGAAACAGUAACUGUUUAA